GGGACACCGCUUUGUUCGGCAGUAGGAGGGAGGGCGGACGGACGGACCCAGUCGCUUUGGCUGCCUUAAGUGUUAAAUACAAUCUGCCGGGGCGGAAUAUCCUGUCUUUUAUUUCAGUGUAGCUAGUUCUCUAUCGUGCCCUUCACACAUUUGCUCUUGUCGGACUGUGAGGAUUUUUUUAACUGAGGGGAUGUCAAAGCGAGUGCGAAGCAGAGAGGUCUGCGCUGAUUGCAGUUCUCCGGAGCCCCGGUGGGCCUCUGUUAACAGGGGUGUGUUGAUCUGUGAUGAGUGCUGCAGCAUCCAUCGAGGUCUCGGGCGACACAGCUCUCAAGUUCGGCAUCUGACUCAUUCUGCGUGGCCGUCCUCUCAGCUGCAGAUGGUCCAGACACUGUAUGGCAACGGAGCUAACUCCAUAUGGGAGCAUAGUCUUCUGGAUCCUUCCUCCUCAGUGAGUGGGAAGCGCAAAGCCAACCCCCAGGACAGAGUGCAUCCCAACAAGACAGAGUUCAUCAAGGCAAAAUAUCAGAUGUUGGCGUACGUUCAUCGGAUGCCUUGUCGGGAGGACGACAGUGUAACCGCAAAAGACCUCGGCAAGCAACUCCAUUCCAGUGUUCGGACUGGGAACCUCGAGACAUGCUUACGACUUUUAUCUUUAGGAGCGCAGGCCAACUUCUUCCAUCCGGAGAAAGGAAACACUCCAUUACACAUAGCGGCAAAAGCAGGUCAGAUGUUACAAGCAGAAUUGUUGGCGGUUUACGGAGCAGACCCCGGAGCUCUCGACUCCAAUGGAAAGACCCCUAUUGAUUGUGCAAGACAAACUGGGCAUCAGGAGCUGGCAGAGAGGCUUGUGGAGAUACAGUAUGAACUUACUGACCGAUUAACAUUUUACCUCUGUGGUCGACGGCCAGACCACAGAAAUGGGCAACAUUUCAUCAUUCCACAGAUGGCAGACAGAAAUAACAGUCUGGAUUUGUCAGAGUUUGCAAAAGCUGCAAAGAAGAAGCUGCAAUCGUUAAGUAACCAUCAGUUUGAAGAACUUGCCAUGGAUGUUUAUGAUGAAGUUGACAGAAGGGAAACGGAUGCAGUGUGUUUGGCCACUCAGAACCAUAGCACACUUGUGACGGACACCACUGUUGUACCUUUUCUUCCCGUCAACCCUGAAUACUCUUCUACCAGAAACCAGGGUCGCCAAAAACUGGCAAGGUUUAGUGCUCACGAAUUUGCCACCCUGGUCAUCGAUAUCCUAACGGAUGCUAAACGGCGGCAGUGGGGGAAUUCCUGUGAAAGUCCUAAAGAGAAUGUGGAGCUGAUCCUUCAGGGGAUAGACAGCCGCCAUAACAGCGAGAGCCAGGACAAUGACCAGCCAGAUUAUGACAGCGUGGCAUCAGAUGAGGAUCCGGUGCAGGAGGCCACGUGCGGGGACAGCUGCAAUGACGGAAGGACCAAGAGUUCGGAGUCCUCUGAUCUGUCUGACGGGCCAAUCACGGUGCAGGAGUUUAUGGAGGUGAAGACUGCCCUCACUGCAUCAGAAGCCAAAAUACAGCAGCUUCUCAAAGUCAACUGUCACCUCAGUGAAGAGCUGAGGGUGAUGCAGAGCAAGCUGAACUCCCUGCAGACUGAAAACACAUCACUGCGAUGGCAAACCCCCAGCGGACAGCAGCACCCCCAGGGGCCCUUCGGUCGACACCCUCCCCGCGGAGGUCGCGCCAUGUCCAUGUACGAGACGGGCUCCAAUCCGAGGCAGUACCCCCACCGGGCGGAAACCGCUCGGCACGACGACGGAGUCGUUUUACAGCCCUUCCCGACCAACAUUGGUAGGGGUCCUUUGGGAACGGCCGCUUCCUCCCUCCCUACCUUCCCCUCUUCCCCGUCCUGGUCCUGGGAUGAGAGAUCUCGAAGGGGCUGCAGUCUGGAAGGACAGAGCACCAUGAUGGAGAACGACUAUGACACCACGCCCAACCACUCUGAACUGGACGAAGCUGGCAGCCCUCUUCGAGCCUCGGAUGCGGUGGAGGCAGAGGAGGAGGGGGAAGAGGAUGCCACCCUGCCGUGCACAGAGGACGUCAUCUGUAAGACAGAGCAGAUCACCAAGAACAUACAGGAACUGCUGAGAGCUGCCCAGGAGACCAAACAUGAAAGCUUUCUGCCUUGUUCUGAAAAGAUCUGCGUGGCGGUGACCGAGAUGGCCGCCCUGUUUCCCAAGAGGCCGUCCUCGGAGACAGUGCGAGGGUCCCUGUGUCUGCUGACUUCGAGCGCGAGUCGGCUCCACGGAGAGUGCCAGAAGGCGGCGGUGCACAACCCCUGCCCGUCGGACAUCCAGCUGGUCACGCAGCAGGUCAUCCAGUGCGCCUAUGACAUUGCCAAAGCUGCCAAGCAACUUGUUACUGUGACAACCAAAGAAAACAACAACUAACUAAAACCCAAAGACAUUUCCGAUGCACCAAACAUACAGUUUAUCGAGUCUGUUUGCGAAAUCUUCUGCUUAACCAGUGUUUUGUUUUCCCCACAUAAAUCAGUGUAAGCAGUUCAGGUGGACAAAAUAUCGACGUAGCCAAUGAGGAAGUGGCUUAAUGCAGCAGGUGCUGGCUCCAAUAGAAUCUAAUUCAAGAAAAACUUAUCUUUCUACAUUAGUUAAAAUAGUCCACAAAGAAAGAUGUAUUUGGGGACAUUGGCUUGGUCUUCCUCAUUUCUAUAUUGGAAUCAGAACAAUAGUCCAUAAACGAAUCAAAUGGAGGGUAUGCAUUGAUGUCACUGCCGCUCGGGGCCACGCCCCCCUGAGUGGAAAAGACACAGUGAAAUGCAAAAUACAGCGAGACCGGGAAAAAUGUGGAUUAUCAGAUUUGACAAUGAUCCAUACGUACUAG